AUGGGUGCUCCCGAGCACAUGUCGGCUCUGUCUUUUCAACUUGCGAAAAGCAUUGCUCAAAAAUUGUUCAAAUUGUUCAAAUCCCUCAACAGCACUGCCUGCCUCCAUCGCUGCACCCCAGACAACGACAGCUUCAGCCUCGGUGCCAGCUUUCGUGCAGCAGGCUGCAGCGGCUUGCAGCAGCACCUGCAACGCGACCCACCACGCCAAACCUCUGGCCUCGAACUCUCUCGCCAACCUGUCUUUUUCCAAGCUAUACGUUCGUUCGCCUGGAGCGAUCUGUUCAUUCACGCUCUGCCAGGCCUGCGCCCGAUUCACUCGUGCAUCGAACUUCGCGGACCGUUACCCCGCAAAAGGAAACGGGAGUCGGAAAAUCACAACCAAGCCGGGCUUCAUCCCUUGGUCGAUAAGCUUGACAGCACGGUAAGCAACUUCUACCGACACGGUAUUGCAGCGCCAGAUGCUGCUCUGCCAGGACUAUCGCUAAUUCGUCGAUCCAGCCUCGCCACAUGGGCCGCCAUCCUCACCAUUCUCUUCCGAUGCCCGCCCACGCUCCAAGAAUGCGACGAGACGUCCCCCUUUGUCUGCCAGCACUACUUUCGAGUCAAGAAUGCCGUCGCGCCCCAUGUACAGCCUUAUUAUGACCAGUAUGCCGCGCCCUACGUCGUAAUUGCGCAGCCCUACUACGACACGGUCAAGACCAACGUGAUUGCGCCCGUCCGACACUAUGCCGUCCACUAUGGCGAGCCGUGGGCCGUCAAAGGCCGCGACUACGCCUUGGCCCAGUGGGAGGUCAAUGGACAGCCGCGCAUCGCCCAGCUGCAGGUCGUGACGCAGGAGCAGUACGAAAGGCUGCUCGCGCCUCACGUUUCCAAGGCUGUCGCGCUGACUGAACCCUACUACACUGUCGCCAAGGCGCAGUCCCUCUACGCCGUUAAUAGCAUCGUCUACCCUGCGUACGAAUUCUCCAAGCCAUACGCUAUCCAGGGCUACGAGACUUCGCACAAAUUCGCCUUCAGCACGGUGCUACCGACAGCCCAGUGGACAUGGACAAACACCAACGCCUUCCUCGAUCGCACAGUUUGGCCUCAGCUCCGCGUCGUCUACAUCGAGAACGUGGAGCCGCAGCUUAUGCGCAUUGGUGAACGUCUGGGACGUUACAAGUCGCACACAAAAAGCAAAGCUCUGCACGAAUCGUCCAGUACCUCGUCCUCUGCCUUCACCUCAACCACCGGAUCCGCCACUCAGUCAUCGUAUGUGAGCAAGCCUACUUCCCAGAAUACUACGCCAGAGGCUGCCAGCAACGACCGAAGCGAUGAGCCUGUACAGCCCGAGUCGCAAGUCGAAUACGGAUCUAGCCGUAGUCCCGUCGAGGCCCCGGAGCCUGAGGAGAACGAAACUGAUCCACAGCGAAAAGUACGCGAAAUGGUUGCCCAGGAUUUGGAGUCGUGGCAGGAAAAGUUUGCCGCCCAAGCCGAACAGGGCGCCGCUGAAAUCGAAGACAGCGUAGACGAAAUUUCUCGUCACAUGAUUGACAACGAGGCCAGCGUUGGAUUGUCGCUUAUUCAACAGCUAGAGGAUGCAAUCACAACGGAACUCACAAAUAUCAAGGACAAGAUCAACGCCUUGGUCUCACAGCAUCUCGAAGGAGCUGAAAUCGACAUCAAUGAGGAGACCAUCCAAGUCGUUAGAACGGCUGGCUUCGUCAUCAAAUCCAGGGCCCAGGCUAUCCGUAGCUGGCGUGAACAGUACGACGAGGACCUGCAGAGCACUGUUCUAGCUGCAUCAGACGUUCACUUUGCCAUUCUCGACGAGACCCGCAGCCUGGCCUUGCAGCAAAUUGGUAUGAAGUGGGCGUGGACGGAUGGUGUCACCUACAAGGACUGGGCUAAGUACCAUGAGCUCAAGAGCACUCUGAGAGACUGGACAGAGGAGCUUAAGCAGCUGAUUGUCACCCACCCGACCCUGCUCGAGGCUCAGGAUACUGUCGUGCGGAUUGAGGAUCGCGGCAUGGAGAUUGCUGCCGCCGCCGCCAAGGAGCUGGGCAGCCUUAAAGAGGUUGUCCAGUGGAAGGUGGCCGCCGAGGAUGUCACGGACGAGUUUGAUGCCGACCGUCUCAAGGCUAUCGUGGACGACAGGGCUCGAUUGGCCGAAGAAGAAAGGCUCAAGGCUGAGGAGGAGGCCAGACUGCAAGCUGAAGAGGAAGCUCGCAUCAAGGCGGAAGAGGAUGCCAGAGUCGCCGAAGAAGCCGCGAAGGCAGCCGAGCAGGACACCGAUUUGGAUGAGGACGAGGAUGAGCGAAUCCAGUCCGUCAAAGAGUCGAUUGAGUCCAAGCCUCUUGUCAGCGUAGACGUUGAUGCGGAGCAAACCGAAGAAGAUGAGCGCAUACGCUCCGUCAAGGAAGCGUUGACAUCCCAGCCUCUUGUAAGUGAGAGCGCUGUGCCCGAUGCCGCUGCCGACGAGACCGAUGACGCUACUUCGAGCGCGACCGCUACGGAAGAGGCAACGCCGGCUGCCACUCCUGGAGAGACUCCGGCAGACGCCGACGAGAAUGACGAGGAGAAGCCCGCUGUCCCCGAGGCGCAAGCCAACAUCAAGAUCCCGGCGCAAGAGAUCAAGGGCAGCAACCGUAAACACGGCUUGCCCGUGCAACCUCCUGGCGCCAACGCCGUCGACCGAUAA